GAUGUCCAAAGAGAGUCUCAGAGAAACAGUUGGCUGUUUCUUCUCUUUCUCCUUCUUCUUAUUGGCUGCAAUAUCUUCACCAUGAUGGUUCGUAUCUACAGGAACUCCAUCAGCCUCGGGAACAUCAACUUGAUCACUGUCAUCAACUCCUACAUCAUCGAGACAUACAACACUAUUGUAACAGUUCAGUGCCUGGUUUGUAUGUGGGUCACAAUAUUCUCCCAUAUCCCGUACACCUGGGGAUAUAUGAUAAGCAUGAUUCCCACAUACCUCGGAGGUCUUUUAGUGUUCCUCAACAUUGCGUUAGCCAUCAUUCGCCUCCUUCUUGUUAUUCAGUUUGAUGAAAUGCUUACAUUUGAUCCUGAACAAACAGGAUUCAGGAUACUAGCUGCAGGACUGCUUCUCAGCAUACCUCCUUUCUUGGUUCCCUUCUGGAUCCAAACUCGACAGGGAUUUGUGUCUCUCCAGGUGUCCUACUACACUGGACUUAAUCCUUCUGAUUCCACCAACCUCCAUCCGACCAUCUUUGGUCUUCUACUUCUCAUCGCUGGUCUUGUCAUGAUAUCCGUCUUCUGCUUUAACAAGAUCUAUUUGAGAAACAAAGCUGUUCCUCUAGUAGGAGAGAACAUAUCACGAAAGAAUAUUGUUGGAUUUAAAACAUUGAUUGGAAGUGUAUUCUUCAUGACAUCAGUAGUUCUAAUGUUUACUCUCAUACAGUUUACCCGAUCCAAAUCUUCAAGGGCAGCAACAUUUCCGCUCGGACCGUUUUUGUCCACACUUGCGCUUACUUCUGUAAAUUGUUAUUUUGCCAUGAAAUCAUAUGUAAGAGAGUAUUCAGCUCUGCAGAUCAGAAAGCUUAAGUAUACCUACUUCUUCAGUAAUUAAAAGUAUUAACGACAUGUAACAUCUUGGAACUAUAGGCUGGGCAGACUUCUGUUGAUGAAAUGGAGAUUUUCAAAAAUCAAUGGAAGAGUCCGUUAACGAACGGCAAAAAUCUUUAACAAAACGGAUUUGCCAUUUUGGAAAAAAGUUAACGUUUGAAUGCGAAAAUAAAAAAGAUGGGGUUCAACAAAAUUUAUAUAUUUAAUUUUUUAAUGUC